AUGGCGAUCGCCGACAGCCCCCACCACCCCAAGUGGGGGAUAUGUCCCUUCUGGCAGUCCGCAGCGCCGUCUUCUUCUUCCUCGUCCACCCAGAAUCUGUACGACCAACCACCCCAGAACCACGGCCACCAGUACGGCGGCGCUGCUCCAAACACGCGCUCGUCCGCCGUAUCCUCCGUCGCCAGAUCGAUACUACCCACCCGUCGGAGACUCCGCCUGGACCCUUCCAGCAACCUCUACUUCCCUUGUGCGUGGGUUAAUUAUUUGUUUUCUUCAAGUUUUGUUCUUGUAAAGGUGUCGCCUUUUUUUUGGGGAUUCCGAGAUGAACCAGGAAAGCAGGCGAGGAGUGCUGUCAGGAUUAAGAACUCCAGCAAGUCAUAUGUGGCUUUCAAGUUUCAAACGACCGAACCCAAGAGUUGUUACAUGCGACCGCCUGGCGGUAUUCUUGCUCCUGGAGAAGGCCUCAUAGCCUCCGUGUUCAAAUUCGUGGAGCAUCCGGAGAACAAUGAGAAACCCGUAAAUCAAAAGAGCAAGGCUAAGUUCAAGAUUAUGAGUCUUAAAGUGAAAGAAGGAACAGAUUAUGUCCCUGAGUUGUUUGACGAGCAAAGGGAUCAAGUAACUGUUGAACGUAUAUUGCGGGUUGUAUUCUUGGAUCCAGAGCGUGCUAAUCCUGCGCUCGAUAAACUGAAGCGCCAGCUGGCCGAAGCAGAUACUGCACUCGAAGCCCGAAAGAAGCCUCCACAAACAGAUACGGGCCCGCGUGUGGUUGGGCUUGGUGAAGGUCUUGUUAUAGAUGAAUGGAAAGAACGUCGGGAAAAGUAUCUUGCUCGGCAGCAAGUUGAAGCGAGAAUGUUAGAAGGCAAGGCAGUGGUUAAGGAGACUGAUAUGCUGCAAACUAUGCAGCAAAAUGCACUCAAUUUGGCAGCCAAGGCUCUUGAUUUCUUUGAUGUUACUGACUCAACUGAUAUAGCCAGAUUCAUUAAAAAGGAAUUUGACAGGGUUUAUGGACCGGGUUGGCAAUGUAUUGUGGGAAGGGAUUUCGGGUCAUUUGUGACCCAUUGCUGUGGUUGUUUCAUCCAUUUUUAUGUGGGGAGCCUUGCAAUUUUGCUGUUCAAAGGGUCAUCAAAUGGACAAGAAGACCAUGGGGAUGUUCAUCAAUUUCAGGCUAUGAAGGGCAUAACUAAUUGAUUUUUAAUUUCAAUUUUAGCUAUCUAUAUGUAUAAUUUUCAUAAUUAAUCCAAUAGUGUUUGUCCCUAUCAGGUUUGUACUUUUGAUUUCAUUAUCGAUUAUUCACAUACAACACAUCAAUUUUACAUUAUCUACAGUGUCGUAUUCCUGUUUCAUAUCGUGCGACUCAUAAUUGUCACUAAGUUUGUGUAACCGAGCCAUGUUGAGCCGAGCUUGGCUCAUGAACUAAACGAAUUAGUAAUCGAGCUCGACCUCGAUCGACUCGUUUAUCAAUACUAACGAGCCGAAUUAUAAAAUAUAUAUAAAUAUUCUUAUCA